AUGUCAUCUGUCAAGAUCAGCGACAAAUUAGGCCUGAACGAUGUUAACGUGACGGGAAAACGUGUCCUUAUUCGGCAAAGAAUCGUCGCUUCUCUACCCACCAUCAACUAUGUACUCAAGAACGGUGCAAAAUCUGUCGUGUUGAUGAGCCACUUGGGUCGUCCUGAUGGAAAAGUCGUCCCAAAGUACUCGCUCAAACCUGUUGCUACUGAAGUUUCGACCUUAUUGGGCAAACCAGUCACCUUCUUGGAAGACUGUGUUGGAAGUGCUGUCGAGGAAGCCUGUGCCAAACCUACUGAUGGUCAAAUCAUCCUAUUGGAAAACUUGCGAUUCCAUAUUGAAGAAGAAGGUUCUGUCAAGGAUGAAGCUGGUAAUAAGAUCAAGGCAAGCAAAGAAGACAUUGCUGCAUUCCGAGCCUCAUUGACCAAAUUGGGUGAUAUCUACGUUAAUGAUGCCUUUGGAACUGCUCACAGAGCUCACAGUUCCAUGGUUGGUGUUGAAUUGCCUAUUCGAGCAGCUGGAUUCUUGAUGAAGAAGGAAUUGGACUACUUUUCAAAAGUCCUUGAACAUCCUGAACGACCCUUCUUGGCUAUAUUGGGAGGUGCCAAAGUAUCUGACAAGAUCCAACUCAUCAACAAUCUGCUUGACAAGACUGACAAGAUCAUUGUCGGUGGUGGUAUGGCCUUCACAUUCAAAAAGGUCAUCAACAACAUGAAUAUUGGAGGCUCGCUAUAUGAUGCAGAAGGUGCCAAGAUUGUUCAUGAUUUGGUUGAAAAGGCCAAGAAGAACAGUGUGGAAUUGAUCUUCCCAGUUGACUUUGUCACUGCUGACAAAUUCUCCAAAGAUGCUAACGCUGGAUACGCAACAGAAGAAGAAGGCAUCCCAGAUGGUUUAAUGGGUCUAGACUGUGGUGAAAAAUCAAACGAAAUCAACCGCAAAGUAGUCCUAUCAUCCAAAACCAUCUUAUGGAAUGGUCCAGCAGGUGUAUUUGAAUUCGAAAAAUUCGAAAAAGGCACCAAAGUCAUCUUGGAUGCCUUGAUUGAAGCCACGAAAAACGGUGCUACUACUAUCGUUGGUGGUGGUGAUACCGCUACUGCUGCUGCCAAAUGGGAUGCAGAAGAUAAAUUGUCGCAUGUCAGUACUGGUGGUGGAGCUUCGUUGGAGUUGUUGGAGGGAAACUCGGUCUCUCCUGUAAAUACUGUCAUUGGUGGAUUCGAAAAGGACGGCAGCGAACUAUAUAUCGCUCGAUCGUUACUUGGUGGAGGAGUUCACGUCGGAAAAGCUGGAAGACAUCUGAGACCUGAAGGCUGUCAUAUCGCAUAUGGAGGCAAAGAAUGCGUGGAACGAGAAUAUGAAGUGUUGACUGUCACAGAUCCUAAUGCUUUCGUUUGGGUCGACGAUGCAGGAAAAUGUACAGCUCAAGGAUACACACCCGUCUCUGCCGGUCGCGAAAAGGACGGUCGAGAACUCUAUGUCGCUCAAGUGCUCUACGAGGGUUCAGUACAAGUUGGGAAGACAGGGAAACAUAUGGAUGGUGCUCAUAUUGCAUAUUCUGGGCGUGAAAAGAAUGUAUUGUGUUAUAGAGUUUUGUGUCAUAAGCCUUGA